AUGGAUUCUUCUUUCAAGGAUUUUCCUGACAGAAUUAUUGUUGUUUACCUAGAUGACCUGACAGUAUUUUCUAAAGAGAGGAAGAAUCAUCUCAAGGAUCUGAGGGCAGUCCUGCAGCGUUGUCGAGAGCAUGGAAUCUCUCUGAACCUAAAGAAGUUAGUUUUUUGUGUAACCGAGGGAAAAUUACUGGGCCACAUCAUUUCAAAAGAAGGGGUCAAGAUUGAUCCUGAGAGAGUUAAUGCAAUCCAACGUCUCAAUUUACCUUCGAAUCGAACUGAGGUAAGAUCUUUCUUCAGUCAAGUGAAUUUCUUAAGGAGGUUCAUACCAGAGUUUGCAAAAACUACCAAACACAUCAUCAGCUUGUUGAGCGAAAAACAUUCUUUCAAAUGGACUGAAGAGGCCAAAGAAGCUUUUGAAAGAAUCAAGGGUUCAGUUGCUAAUGCGCCAACUCUCAUUAACCUAGAUUUUGAAAAGGAUUUCAUCAUAUACUGCUACGCAUCAGAACAUACAAUGUCUGGAAUACUGUUGCAAAUGGAUGAAUCUGGGAUCGAAGCACCUAUACCAUUCAUGAGUGUUCCACUCAAGAAACAUGAGCUUAAGUAUUCACUUUCAGAGAAACAAGCCUUUGCUAUGGUCAAGGCUAUAAAACAAUUUUGGUAUUACAUUUUGCAUUCUCGUGCUGUGGUUUUUGUUCCAGAUUCUGUAGUAAAAAGCAUUCUAACUCAGCAGGAGGUCGGACUUAACAAAAGAGCGACAUGGGUAACAAAAAUCUAG